AUGGGUUUCUUCUGGCGCUUGCUCCCGGUCUUCCUUGCCUAUUUCUCCAUAGGCAGAAUAGAUGCCUGGGGUAGGGAAGGCCAUUUCAUGGUUUGCAAGAUUGCAGAGGUCCCAGAACUUUGUGGCUUAUGCCUCACCUCCAGAUCUUUUUUCUGCCUGCUUCCUAACCGAAGAGGAUUUUACUGGUUUCUCUUCCCGCAGAAGUUCUUGACGGAGAACGCGAGGGAAGCGGUGGCGAAUCUACUGCCGCCGGUGGCGCGUGGGGACCUAGCAGCGGUCUGCUCGUGGGCAGAUGACAUUCUGACCCGUUACCCCUGGUCCUUUCCCCUCCAUUACGUUAAUACGCCUGGCGUCUGCAACUAUGACCAGUCCAGUAAAGCCAUCCUCUCUCUCUCUCUCUCUCUCUCUCUCUCUCGCACAUACAUAUAUAUCAACAUCUCUUCAACAGGGGACUGCCACAAUGAUGACGGAGUCCAGGGAAUGUGCGUGGUGGGAGCCAUCAAUAACUACACUACACAGCUUCGUACCUUCGGCCAACCCUUCAGUAGAUGUGAGAGGAAUCUAAUGCUGAUUAUCAUCCGAAUUACCCGCUUGCUCAGAACCCAUAGUUAUCAUUCUCUAUCCCGGUUGAACCAGAUAAUCUGACUGAGAGCCUCAUGUUCCUCGCCCAUUUGGUGGGGGAUGUCCACGAUCCCGUGGAUGUGAGUUUCUACGAUGACGAAGGUGGCAUCUUUAUCAUUGUCUACUGGUACGGGUCAAAGACCAACCUUCACAGGGUGAGUUCUCUAAGUUUCUUCCUUGUUAGGCUGCUCUGCACAGAGAGAGAGAUUGACGUCGUGUCUUGGUUUUGUUUCAGGUCUGGGAUGUAAACAUUGUACAGACCGCCAUUAAUAAGAUUUACAAGAAUAAUGUCAACGCCAUGAUAGAAAGCAUUGAGGGAAACAUCACUGUAAGUCUGAUAGUGUAUUUUCUAAUAAAUGUUUGAGUCAGUUAGUAGCGUUCAUGGACGUCAUGGGAAAGACUUUGGGCAGAAAAGCAUAAGCAAUGCUUAAAUGAUCUCACUGUAGAUGGGGUAAGUAAUGCGGUAAGCCUAAAUAACUAGGACAACAAUAUGUUUCUAGUUUAUGAUUAUCCACGAUAGACACAUUGAAAGUUGGUCUACUCACUGAUUUCACAAUCACGUUCAAUUUAGGCUAUGUAAUUUUCUUACUUGAUUAAAUAGGAAUAUAUACCCUUCAUAUAAAAGAAUUUUUAGUUCAAACUUAAUAGAUUUUAUUACAUAAAUUAUUACCUCAUGACUUCAUAAUCGUGUACACCUGACUAAAAAAAACAAUCUUCUUUGUAUUAUCACUCUUUUUGUGUUUUUUUCUCUUGAAAAUUGACGUCUGAUGUUCAUUACUGUUUUCAAAUAUUUGACACAAUGGAUGUAGGUUAUUUAAGAUGAUACAUGGUAAUAAUAUUCUUGAAUUUUUGUAGGAGAAUUGGAACGGCGAGAUCAUCCAGUGGCAGAGCUGCGCAAGCAAUGACUUGACUUGUGUAACGGAGUAA